CUUUUGCAUAAGAGGAAUUUACACAGUAUUUUAUUUGUAUUAUUUUUUAUUUAAAAAUAAGACAAUGAUUAAUAUUACAUAUUAAAAUAUAUAGUGCACUUGUUAUAAAAUUGAAUUAUUAAAAAAUGUUUAUAAAAUAAAAUAAGAACUAGUUUUAACUAGUUUAUUUUUCUAAUAACUUAGAAAAAAUAGACAAUAACCACAUUGUUUUCACACAGGUGUAAAAAAAAAUUCUUGCAAUGAAUUUUUAUCCAAACGAAUGUUUUAUUUGCAAGACAAAAAAAAAUCUACGACAAUGUACACGAUGUCAAAUGAUUUCAUAUUGUGGCAAAAAACAUCAGGAUGAACAUACAAAUCAUAAAGAAUUAUGUAAAGCAAUUGUUGAUCAAACAAAAAUAAUGAAAGUCAUUCAUCUUUAUGAAAAAUUUCAUAAAUCAAAUAUCAAUGAUUGGUGUAAAAUGAAAGAAAAUUUUCAUCAAAUAUUUGAAAAUAAACUUGGACGUUCAUUAUCAUUGAAUGAAAUUCAAAUGUUAUAUUUUCCACGUUCAUGUUUUAUUUGUCAUCAAUCGAAACAAGAAUUACUCAUUAAUUGUCCAAAUUGUCCAUCAUUAAGUUAUUGCAAUGAACAUAAAGAUUUACGUCAACAACAUAUUAAUGAAUGUGGUAUUUUAAGUCGUACACAAAAUUUUGAUUCAAAAAAAAUUAAAAUUCAUGAAAUUUUAAAAAUUGCACAAUUAAUUGUUGAACGUAUUUUUUUCGAUGACAAUAAUAAAAUGCCAAAUCAACCAAAAUCAAUGGCACAAUUAUUACAACAUUAUCCAAAACCAACAAUUGAUAUAAAUGAAUUGACAAAAAUUUCCAUCUCUGAUAUAUUAACAUAUCCAUUGACAAUAUAUAAUGGAUUUUAUAAAUUAAAAUUUAUAACAAUGGAAAAAUUGACAAUUUUUUUACAUCAACAAUUACAAGAAAUAAAUGAAAUAUUAUGGGAAAUUAUUUUACAUCUUAUGCAAGAUUUAAAAAUAUUACAAAUUAUUAUUCACGGCUCGAAUGAUAAUGUGAAAAUUAUUGACACAUGCAAUAAUUGUAAGAGAAAUAAUAAAAAAUUAAUAAUAAUAACAAUGAAGAAUUAUGAAAAAUCAUUAAUUAUAUCUGAUGUGAUUGUUAAUUUUUGUUUUGACAAUCAACAAGACACGUCGAUAAAAAUGAAACGUAUGGAAAAAAUUGAUGAAAAUAAUAUUAAUCUUUAUCAAUUAUCUAAAUGUCCAAUUAUUUAUUCUGGUUAUAAAGAAAUUGAGAUAAUUCGCAAAAAUUUAGAAAUUGAUUUAUCAAAAAUUAUUAUUCAUUAUGAUGGUGUAAAUAAAUUUUGUAGUUUACAACAAAGACGCGAUUGUCGAACGGAAUUAAAUUAUGUGAUUAAUUCGAAUAUGUUAAUAUUUCAAUAUACACAAAAUUCUCACGAUAAUACAAAUUUAGUGAAGAAAUAUAGAGAUGAAUUUUUGAAUGAUAUGAAAACAAUGGAAAUUAUUGAAAAUAAAGAAAUUAAAGAAAAAAUCACAAAUUCACCAAAUGAUGAAUUGAAUUUAAAAGAAAAUAAAAUUGACAAAAAAUUAACAAUUGAUAGUGAAAAUAAAACAAAAGUAAUUUUAAUGAGAAAAACUGAUGCAAUACAUUUAUCAAUAAAUGAAAAUAAAAAAAUUGUUUCAUUAACAGAAAAAAAAAUGGAAAUUUCAUUAGAAAAGAUUGAUUUAGCAAUAAUGAAAAAAUUAUCAAAAAAAACUGAAGAUCAGAAAGUAAAUCAAAUACAAAAUACACCUGAGAAUUUAUUAAAAAUGAGGAAUAUCAUUCUUCUUCAUUUAUUCAAUGAAAAAAAAUUAGCAACACAAAAUUCAUUAAAGGAAAAUAAAUUACAAACAUCAAUAUUUGAAAAUAAUGUUGAAAAUUCAAAUCCAAGCAAUAGUGAAAAUUUAUUGAAUGAAAAGAAAAUUGAAAAUUCAUCAAAUGAGAAAAAUAUGUUAGAAUUAAUUUUCAAUCAUGAUGAUUUGAAUUAUUAUGAAAUUGAUUCUUGUCAGGUUUGUCAUUUAUCACGUGAUUGUGUACCGUGUACACGUUGUAAAAUAAUUUCCUAUUGUAGUGAUAGUCAUCGACGUGAACAUUGGACGAAGCAUAAGGAUUUUUGUAAAGUUAUAUUGGGAAUGCUAAAAGAAAGCGGUGGUACGACACUUUAUGAUAAAUCAAAAACAAAUUAUAUGGAUGCAUGGAUUAAGAUAAAAGUGAAUUUUCUCGUUAAAGCACAAACAAAACUUGUCAGACAACUUUUCGAUUAUGAAAAGCAAGUGAUACUUUUUCCACGAACAUGUUUCAUUUGUCACGAGAGCGAUAGAAGUAUUUUGAAAACAUGCGAAUGUGGAACAAGUCUCUGUAAACAACAUAAAAAUAAUUCAACGCAUAAAAAAAUAUGUUCCGAUCUUCAAACAGCUGUAAAAUUUGAAAAAAUGCAAAAACUUUUACGUCAAUAUCCAAAACAAAAUUAUUAUUUGUCACGAUUGCCAGAAAAUGCCAUGGAAAAUAUAUUGAUUAAAAAUAAAAUUAAAAAAUUACCAACUGGAAUGACGGCAUUUAUUGAAUCAAAUUCUAUUAAAGAAAUUGGACUAUCAAUUUAUGGAGAAAAUGAUAAAUUUAAAAAAUGUUUAAUCACAGAAUAUUUUUCACGACCAUUAACAGCACUUUAUGCCAUUGAAAAACUUAAUAUGCCUGUGAAAAAAUCAUUAAUUAUUCAUAUUAUCGGUGCAAGUAAAAAUGAUCUUUUAUAUAAUUCUUAUUGGGAAAUUCUCUUACAUUGGCUAAUUGAUUUAAAGGAAAUAAAAAUUCAUUUUUUUGGACCGAAAUUUGAUGGAAAUUAUUGUAUAAAUAAUGAAUUAUGCAAUUCCUGUAAAGCAAUGGAUAAAAAAUCAUUUCAAAUUUAUUGUUAUUCUAUGAAUUAUCAUGAGUCUUUAAACAAUAAAUCAAUAGUAACGAAACCGGAUAUUAUUUUUGGUUUUAAUUUAAAUUUACACGAGAGCGAUUAUGGAAUUUACGAAUGUAAAUGGAAGGAGACGUUUUGUGUUUUAAAAAAUUAUAUCAAUAUUCCUUUUAUAAUGACAUCAGAAACUGAAAGACGAGGACAAAAAGAUCAUGAAAAAUUAUGUUCAUUUCUUGAAAAAUCAGUGAUUUAUGAUUUUUUCCAAGAAAAUCCCUUUGCUUCGUCAAUAAUGAUGCGUGAUUUUGAAACUGAACAAUUGAAAAAUCCAAAUAAAUUUCUUCUCAUCUAUAAACAAUUUUACAAAACGCCAAAUAAAUCUGCAAUAAGUUUAGAGACAAAAAAUGAAUCGUUUAAACAAGAAUCGGAAAUUUUAAAUAAAAAUUUGAUUACAAAAAAUGCAACACAAAUGCUUACAGUUGGCGAAUUGGAAAAAAUACACGAAAAACAAAUGGAAGAAGAGAAAGUAACAAUGGAAAAAUUCAACGAAUCAUUGAUGCAAACGGAAAUUAAUUCAGAACAUUUAAUUAAAAAAACAAAACAAAUAAACGAACAAAUUGAAAAUUUGCCAAAAAGUCAAAUAGAAAUAGAAAUGAAAAAAUCUCAAGAAACAAAUGAAAAACUAAAUAUUAAAUUAUCAGAAAAUAAAUUAAAAUCGCAAGUAAUUACAAAGAAAGAAGAAGAGGAAAAAGAUGAUUUGAAAAAUUUCAAAACCGACGCAUUUAUUGAAGAAAAAAAAAAUUUUUCUGAGAAUUCAUUAGAAAAAUUAAAUACAUCUACAACUAAAACGAUUUCAAUGGACAGUUUAAUGAAUACUAUUGAGGAAUUGAAUCAAAGUUCAUAUAUACAAAGAAAAGAAGAAGCCAAAAGACAAGUAGAGUUUCUAAGAGAAAGUUUUAUUUUUAUACAUGAAGAAACUUUAAAAAUGAAACAAGAAAAUUUACGUCUUCGUGAGGAAAAUAAAUUACUUAUCGAUAUACGCAGUGAAAUUGAGGAAACUCUUAAAAAAUUACUCGAGAAAAAAAAUUGUCAAACCUGUGAUAAUUGUCAGAAAUAAGUUGUAGAA